AUGUCAGCAUUUUAUAGCAUUUGCAAUUGUCGAAAAACACCACGUGAAUCGCAGCGCAGCCCGUAUUUCCCAAGAUCUGGGGAUGUCACAUCUCCGGGCUUGCACUUUCUUCCUGAAGUGAACGAGCUGCGACCAGCGUGUGCUGUGAGAACCAACCCACCAGAAUGCGAAAUUCCCAAUAUCCUCAAAAAACAAGAAGAGAAAUGUUUUGAGAAGUUGACAAAUGAUAAAAGCAUUUUUGAGAAGCAAAAGUUUCAAGCAGGCUGCGAAGGAAUGUGGGAUAACUUGACGUGUUGGCCCUUCUCCUCACUUGGAAAGACUGUUACCCUACCUUGCCCCAAUGUGAUCUAUCUUUUGGCUCAAAAGGAAGGUUUUAUUUCUCGAAACUGCACAAGUGAAGGGUGGUCUGAUACAUUCCCUGAAUACAGAACAGCUUGUGGAUAUGAUAUGGAUGAUACCACAAAUGAUGCCAAGGAAGCAUUCUACAUGAAACUGAAAAUCAUUUACACUGUGGGAAACAGCAUUUCUUUCAUAUUCCUGUUCACAGCAGUCACAAUCCUCAGCUUAUUUCGGAAGCUUCACUGUACCAGGAAUUAUAUUCAUAUGCAUUUGUUUGUGUCAUACAUUCUUCGUGCAAUUUCAAUCUUCAUAAAAGACAAUGUCUUGUUUUCCAGUGAGGAUAAGCGUCACUGCACUAUUUACCCGGUUGAAUGCAAAGUCGCUAUUGUUUUCUUCCAAUACUGUGUCCUGGCUAAUUUCAAUUGGUUGCUCAUAGAAGCAUUGUACUUGCACACACUUCUGGCGGUAUCUGCCUUUUCAGAGCAAAAAUAUUUCAGAUGGUACAUCAUUCUAGGAUGGGGUGCACCAGCAGUUUUUAUCAUAUCCUGGUCAAUUACAAGACAGAUAUAUGAGAACACUGGCUGCUGGAAUGUUAACUCGGAUGUACGUAUAUGGUGGAUCAUUAAAGGACCUCCAGUUGUAUCAAUUUUGAUCAACUUUAUUCUCUUUGUGCGCAUCAUUAGGACAUUAAUGAAAAAACUAAUUAUGCCAGAUGCAGUGGGACAAGAUUUAAACCAGUACAGGAGGCUUGCAAAAUCCACUCUCUUCUUAAUCCCAUUGUUUGGAAUCCAUCAUACUGUUUUUGCAUUUCUUCCGGAUAUUGAAAACUACCUUGCAGUGUACUUGCGUGUAGGCUUUGAACUUGGUCUUGCAUCGUUGCAGGGAUUUGCUGUUGCAUUACUCUACUGUUUCCUUAAUGGGGAAGUUCGAGCUGAAAUCAAGAGAAAAUGGAGACGAUGGAGGUUAAAGAAAUAUUUUGCUGUUAACUUACGCAAUCAAAAAAGUUCCAUAAUUACCAGUGGGGUAACUGGUGCAAUCCAAGUAUCGCUACUGACAAGGUGCAAUUCCCAGAUCCAUGUCUCAAAUUGUCAGAGUGCAAUGCAACAAAGCUAA